GUGUCUCCUGUGUGUGUGUGGGAUCUCUCUCUGCUCUGCUCUGUGUCUCCUGUGUGUGGGGGAUCGCUAUGCUCCGCUAUGUGUCUCCUGUGUGUGUGGGAUCUCUCUCUGCUCUGCUCUGUGUCUCCUGUGUGUGUGUGGGAUCUCACUGCUCCGCUCUGUGUCUCCUGUGUGUGUGGGAUCGUUCUGCUCCGCUAUGUGUCUCCUGUGUGUGUGGGAUCUCUCUCUGCUCUGCUCUGUGUCUCCUGUGUGUGUGUGUGUGGGAUCGCUCUGCUCCGCUAUUUGUCUCCUGUGUGUGAGGGAUCGCUCUACUCCGCUCUGUGUCUCCUGUGUGUGUGGAUCCUGUGCGUGCAUGUGAGCGUGCAUGUGUGUGCGUUUGUGUGUUUCUCACACCUGUAUUUGUGUGUUUCAGAAGCUCCUAGGCACUCCCCCCCCUAACGUGUUCGUCCCCAUCGUCGGGAAAUAACAGGUAAAGAACACAGGAACGCAACUAAAGGAGGGAAACAAGAAAACUAGUGCGAGAGGAAAAAAUGUAAAAAGUACUGUGAGUGAAGGGGGAAGCGGUUUCAGGAGGACACUAAGGAAGUAUGUGUGUUUUCUCCAAAGCUGAAGAUGGCUACGUACACAGUUACUCUCAAAGGCUCCGCACCUUGGGGCUUUAGACUACAAGGAGGAACGGACUUCAACAUGCCACUAGGCAUCUCCAGGAUAACUCCAGGCACUGUGGCUGCAGAGGGCAGUCUAAUCCAGGGUGACAACAUUGUAUCGAUAGACGGUCUCAGUACAGAGGGAAUGACGCACCUGGAGGCACAGAACAAGAUUAAAAUGUCUUCCAAUAAACUGACCCUCACCAUGCAGAAGUCGAAACGUCCCGUCCCUAUUCCCAUGGCAAUGCCCAGAAUGGACUCCCCCAUGCCAGUUAUCCCUCACCAAAAGAUCAUUGCAAACACGGCUGGAAAUCAGGAGUAUUUGCCCAACUUUAACCCCAUAGCUCUGAAGGACUCGGCUCUGUCCACCAAUAAACCCAUCGAGGUGCGCGGCCCAGGAGGCAAGGCCACUAUCGUCCACGCUCAGUACAACACCCCCAUAUCCAUGUACUCUCAGGACGCCAUCAUGGACGCUAUUGCCGGACAAUCACAGUCCAAGGGCCAUGACGGUGAGGAUGUUCCUGCUGGCUCCCCCCUGGCCGGUUCCCUGCCUGUGAAGGACCCGGUGGUUGACAGUGCGUCUCCAGUCUACCAAGCUAUCAUCCAGCAACACGACAGAGACGAGGAGAUGGCCAGACGGGCUGCCAAUCUGCAGUCCAAGAGCUUCAGGAUCCUGGCCCACCUCACCGGUACAGAAUACAUGCAAGACCCAGAUGAGGAGGCCCUGCAGAGAUCAAGGGAUAAGUUUGAGUCGGAAGUGAAAGGACCUCGCUUCCGCAAGCUGAAGAACUGGCACAACGGGCUCUCAGCUCAGAUCCUCAAUGUCCCUGAGACUCCCGUCUAAUUGAUCUGUCAGAUCUAUCCUUUACCUUUGGAAUGUUUGGAAUGUCUUUCCUUUGUUUUUCUUUUUGGUUGUUCUGUCUCUCCUAACUGAUAGGGAACUGUACAAAAACAUAUUUAAGAGAAAUUGUAAAAGUGAUCAUGUAAACACACACACGCUUGCGAACACCCACACAUGCACAUAAUUAUUUACGCAUGCUAAAUUAACAAAAAUGCACAGACAAAUACAUAAGAAUGUUACAAACACCCACAAAUUUAAAAUGUACUAUUAU